AUGUCCGAACUCGAAGCCCCUCCGUUGUACAGUCAUGUCGCGUACCCUUACGGCCUCUCUGCGGACAUCACGCCGACGAGCUCGCCGAGCAAGCUCACAAAGGCGCAGAAGUCGCGCGCGCGCCGCGAGCCCUCCGGCGUGUUCUCGCUCUUCUCCCCGCCCCAGAUCCAGCAGUUCCGCGAGGCGUUCUCGCUCAUUGACCGCGACGGAGACGGCUCGUCGGCGAGCAGGACCUCAAGCACAUAUUUGCCUCGCUCGGUGAGCCUCCCCUCUCCCCCUCUCCUCCCGCGUGCUCCCGCCGCUCACCCGCUCCUCGCCGACCGCCCAGGCGACGCGCGGCGCGGCCCCCGGCGCGCCCUCGGACGACGGAGGCGCGGGAGCGGGGGCGACCGCGGGAUCACCUUCCCGAUGUUCCUCACCAUGAUGGGCGAGCACCUGUACGACUUCGACGCCGAGGCGGAGCUCGUCGCCGCGUUCGAGUGCUUCGACGAGUCCGACUCCGGCCUCGUCAACUGCGACGAGGUCCGCCGGUGGCUGGGCGACGUCGGCGAGCGCAUGGACGAGCACGAGAUCGACAAGUUCCUGAAGGGCCCGUUCACGCGGAACGGGCAGUUCAACUACCGCGAGUGGGUCAAGGUGCUGAGGAUCAACACGGACAAUGAUGAGCCCGAGUCGCAGUGA